CUUCGCUGCGUGAACAAACGAAAUAAGCAUCAAACAGAAGUUAGUGUCGUCUUCAAAUAAUUGAUAUCAAGUCAAGAUGAAUAUAAUUAUCGCGUUAUUGGCGAUCACCUUCACGCUGGUCUUUUACUUGUUGAAAUACCAGCAAUCGUAUUGGCGAAGGCGUGGCGUGCCGCACGAUCCACCCAGCCUACCGUUGGGCACACUCAAGGAGUGGCGUCGUACGAAGUCUAUCUGCGAAAUAUUCAAACCCAUCUACAAACAAUUUAAAGGCACUGGACCAUUCUGCGGUAUCUACUUUCUCCUAAAACCAACCGUGUUCGUGCUGGACCUGGAACUAACUAAGAAGAUACUUAUUAAAGACUUUCAGAAUUUUCAAGAUCGUGGUGUUUUUCACAAUGAAACUUCCGAUCCACUCACUGGCAAUCUCUUCCAGUUGGAUGGACCAAAGUGGCAAGUGUUGCGCAAAAAGCUGUCGCCCACAUUCACCUCGGGCAAAAUGAAAUUAAUGUUUCCCACUGUCGUGAAAGUGGCUCACGAGUUAAUUGAAGUUAUGCGCGAGAAAACUAAAAACGCACCUGAUAAUGUUUUGGAGAUCACCGAGCUGCAAUCGCGCUACACUGCCGAUGUAAUUGGCUCAUGCGCUUUUGGUCUCGAGUGUAACAGCUUGCACAACCCCGAUGCUGAGUUCGUGAUCAUGGGUCGCAAGGCGCUGAUCGAGCGCAGACAUGGCAAACUAAUCGACACAUUCAUAGAGAGUUAUCCAAGUUUGGCACGUAAAUUGAAUUUGUGCUCGCUUACAAAAGAAGUGGAAGACUUCUAUGUCGAGAUAGUUCGUAAUACCCUCGAAUAUAGAGAGAAGAAUCAGGUGAAACGUAAUGAUUUCAUGAAUAUUUUGUUGGAAUUGAAAAACAAGGAAGGCGCAACAGAUGGACUGUCAGUGGAGGAGAUAGCGGCACAGGCUUUUGUAUUCCUCAUAGCAGGCUUCGAAACCUCYUCAACCACUAUGAGCUUCGCAUUGUAUGAAUUGGCCAAAAAUCAGGAAAUACAAGAUAGGUUGCGACUAGAGAUAACUGCGAUAUUAAGAGAGCACAACAACGAGUGCACUUAUGAGAACAUACAUCAGAUGAAAUAUCUCGAACAAGUUUUAUCGGAAACUUUACGUAAGUACCCCGURCUGCCAUUUUUGGAACGAUAUGCAAAGGAAGAGUAUGACACCGGCGAUCCACGCUAUCUCAUCGAGAAGAACAUGGCUGUAUUCAUAUUCAYCUAUGGCAUACAUUACGAUCCCGAAUACUAUCCCGAUCCAGAGAAAUUCGAUCCGGAACGUUUCACUGAGGWGGAAAUUCAGAAACGACCUGCCUGCGCAUGGUUACCAUUCGGCGAUGGACCACGCAAUUGCAUCGGCUUGCGUUUCGGCAAAAUGCAGGCGUUAAUCGGUCUCGCAUUACUGAUCAAGCAUUUCAGAUUCUCCUUCGCACCACAGACACCAGCAGAAUUGACUUAUAACAAAGAGACGGUGCUGCUAUCAGCGGAACAUGGCAUACACUUGAGGGUGGAGGCGUUGAAAGACUACAAUGAACCGGCGAUGGACGUCUCAGUGCUGGUCGGCUCGCUUAUUGCCAUCUUCUUGCUAAUUGCGUUUUGUUUACUACGUCAGCAGAGCUACUGGCGUCGGCGCGGCAUACCGCAUAGCAAGCCCAUGCUCUUGAUGUGCAUGGGAAAAAAGCAUGUAGUGCAGAUUUUACGCGAGUCAUAUCAGCAGUUCAAAGGCACGGGACCCUUUUGUGGUUUCUUUUUGCUAGCCACCAAUACAGCGCUAAUAGUGGACUUGGAAUUGGUUAAGAAGAUACUCGUUAAAGAUUUCAACUACUUCUCGGAUCGUGGACUGUACAAUAAUGCGCACAACGAUCCGCUUUCGGGUAAUAUGUUCUUCGCCGAAGUGGAGGGUUGGAAACGUUUACGUGCAAAACUGACGCCUACCUUCACCUCCGGUAAAAUGAAGAAUAUGUUUCAUAUGGUUACGGCGGUCGGCGAGCGUUUUGCGGCAACAGUUCACACCCAAAUCGGUGGUGGCGAUGGUGAAGGUCACGGCAAAGUGCUGCUUGUAUCAGACCUAAGUGGACGCUAUACCACCGAUACGAUCGGCACUUGCGCCUUCGGGCUCGAGUGCAAUAGCCUAGAUGCGGAGACACCAGAUUUCGUAUUGGUCACGAAUAGUUUUAUAAAUCGCCGGCGUCAUAAUAAACUUGUCGAGGGCUUAAUCUUCAGUUUUCCACGCAUUGCACGCUUCCUGGGUAUGCGCAUUAUGUCACAGCAUGUGCACGACUUCUAUAUAAAGCUGGUGGAGGACACGCUCGAGUACCGCAAAGGCACAAAAUUGCGACGUAACGAUUUUCUUGACCUACUUAUCGAUAUGAUGGAACGUGAGGAUGCCGAUGGCAACCGUAUUGAGGGUCUGAGUGUGAACGAAAUAGCCGCACAGACUUUUUUGAUGUUUCUGGCGGGAUUCGAGACCUCAGCAACAACAAUGAGCUUUGCACUUUACUUACUGGCGCAGCAACCCGACAUCCAGGAACGAUUGAGGCGGGAUAUUAACGAGGUGCUCGCUGCCAACAAUGACCAGCUCACAUAUGAGUGUAUCAAGCAGAUGAACUACCUGCAACAAGUAAUAUGUGAGACGCUUCGUAUGUAUCCGAUCGUGCCGAAUCUGAUGCGCAAGGCACAGUCGUAUUACGAUACUGGCGACCCAAAGUAUUACAUUGAGAAAGGCACCUUGGUCAUUAUACCCACAAUAGCCAUACAUUAUGACCCACAGUAUUACCCGGAUCCCGAGCGCUUCGAACCCGCUCGCUUCACACCCGAAGAAAUUCAACGCCGUCCCGCUUGUACAUGGCUGCCUUUCGGCGAGGGUCCACGAAAUUGUAUCGGCAUGCGUUUCGGCAGAAUGCAGACCAGCAUCGGCCUAAUUUAUUUGUUACGUAAUUUUCGGUUUAGUGUCGCCGCGGAAACCGAAAUACCCUGUCCAUUAAUAAAAGCAUCGUGCUUGGUUUCGCCAGAGAAUGGCAUCCAGCUUAGAGUGGACAGAGUGGAAGGCGCCAAGCCCAUUAGGCGUGAAUAG